CUUUGGCAAUUUAAUUUCUGUAACCAGGUAUCUUCUAAAGGAACAGGAGCAGGAUUGGUUAGAGAGUUGGCAACCCUGCCUGCUUGUGCCCCAUGCCCACCACUAGGCCCUGAGAAUUCUGCACUGGGGGUGGGGUGGGAGAUGGAGGGAGGAUAGAAAGGGCCAGUUCUGCCAAGUGGCACUUAUGUGGAGGAUGGGAAUUGCCCCCUCUUGAUGGCCUCUGCUCUGAGCAAAAGCUUGACCAGAUUGAGCAGGUGAAGCCAUUUCUAGCCUAAAGAGAUGGGAAACUGCUUCACUAGCUUAAGCUUUGCAUGUCAGGCAUCUGCUGAAGUCACAGGAGCAGGACCAGGUAGAGAGUUGGCAACCCUGCGGCUGUUGGUGCCUCGUGCCCACCACUGGGCCUGGGAGUUCCGCCAUCCUUGUUUAGAUCCAAAUAUGGCAGUUGCUGGAGGGGGGGUCCCCGGCCAGGAGUGUUUACCGGUUGCCAUGGCGCUGGGGUUCCGACGGAUCCUGAUGGGGCUGGAAGUUCCGCUGCGGCCUUCAAACUGUCUGGACUCGACCGUUGGCAGGAGGACUUUCUGGCCUCUCCUGCUGCUCACGGCAAAUUUCCGUCCCAUUUUGGCCGUGAGGGAGCGCAGAACAUGGCCUCAGGCAAGGAGUCCAGAGACAAGGGAGAAGGAGGCCCCUUACUCCGCGGCGUGGGCAGCCUUGAUGGGGCUACUCCUGUGGCUCCACUCAGUGACUUGCAGCCACAGGAGAUUAAUGAUGAGCGCUCCGUGACCGAAACCGGCAAAUGGUCACUGAAGUCAUUCUCGGACGGCUCCAGGAUCCAGCAUGUCAACAGUGGGAACGGGAUCCUGGAUGAAGCGGUUGCCAGCAGUUCCCAGAGGAGUGUCUUCACGGUUGAGGACGAUGGGUGGUUCCUGCAGACCAUUGCCACCGCAUGGUCUUGUGAGGGUGCCGACAUCCAAGAGGCCGAGAUCCCAGAGAUCAACACAAGGGAUCAGGAGCUGGACGUGGAGAGUUUCAUCAGUUCCCAGAGCGUCCAGAGGCCAAGCACCGUGCAGAGGAGGCUGCACAACACUGCUGCUGGUGAAGAGCCAUCCCUUGGAGAGAGUUCUUCCUUCCCGGGGGCCGAGACUCCGCAAGCCAGCGUGGAGGACGAGGGGUCGGAAGGGGACUGUGACACCAGUUCCCCCAGAGUCCCGGAGCCAAAGAAGUGGCUAAUAAAGAGGCUGCUGAACACUGAAGUGGUGGAAGACUCGUCCUCGGCAGAGUGCUCCUCUACGGACGAGGAUGACACCAUGUAUGACGUGAGCAGCAUCAAGGACGAGGUGUGGGACUCUCCACCGGCCCCCAGUUCGGCCAGGAACAUCGAAGGUGAAGAAGAAGGAAGAGGACAGCUGGCCCCAGAUUGGUUCUCCUCCAUCCAUCUGGGAGAGGGGAGAGCAACAAAGAAGAUUGGGGACGUCAUCCGGUGCAUGGAGUACGCCAGUGAGGUGGAGGAGAGGUUCCCCGAACUCCUGGUGGGCCUGGUGAACAAGAUCCUCACUGGCCUGCAGAACACCACCGAGGGAGUCGGGAACCGAGACAGCCAAGAUCUGCCUCCUGAGGAGACCUCGCAGAUUGUCCGGACCCUGCUGGAGAGGGUGGCACAGGUGACCCCAGAGAAGACCUGCUGGGAAUCCCUGUGUUCUCCACAGAGCUGCCUCCAGGGUGUGGCCCUCUUGGUGAGGGCUCUCCUACAGACACCAUCCUCCACAGUGGCCAGGCUGAAGGCAUACCUGGCUUCCCUCUUCAGCCUGGACAAAGAUCCAGAACAGCAUUCCCUUGCAGAGGUGGCCUUCUUUGUGGAGCUGCUCCUGAAAGACAAAGACUUUGCCGCCUUGGAGAAGACUUGGACGCUCCUGGUAGCGUGGCUAGUCCACCCCAGCCAGAACAUGCGCUACCUGAGCGAAAGGGGACUUCUCCAAAUCUAUGGAAAGCUGAAGGCGGCAGUGGAUGGAGGCCAAGCGGCAUCAGCCCCCUGA